AUGGAUCCGACCGAGGCUCGGUUCACUUUCCCCAACGACAUCAGCGCCUGCCAUCUCUGCGGCAGCGGUACCAAAGAUAAGCUCAAGCGAUGCACGGGCUGUCAGGUCGUCAUGUACUGCGGCAAGGAAUGCCAGAAGAAGGCUUGGCCAAUGCACAAGUCCGUAUGCCGUCUACGCAGUGACUCCACCAGGUCCCAGCGUACUGGCAAUAUUGGGCCAGUGUCUGUGGACGAGAGUCGCGACAGGAUCUUAAAGAAGCUAGGUUUUUCCUCUGCCGUCGAACUCGGCCAUGCGGUCAUCACCUGGGCGGACUGGCACAAGUGGGCCUUCUCCUCGUUGACGAAGGCGGCCGUGAUGCUCGAAGGCGGUCCCAACGCGAUGCGCCUCCAAACGAAGAACUCCAAGUUCGUCGUCUUCGUCAUCUCCCCGUACCGCGACACCGAGAUCGGCUCCAAUCCCGGGAACGCGUUCUACGUCCGCUCUGUCUCCGUCAACUCUUCAGAGGACUUCGACCCUGCCUCGGCGCCGAGGAGGAUAUGGGCGGGAGGGGAGGAUGCGCGCUUGAAAGACAUGAAGGUCUGGCGGGAUGGCCACUGCGAUCCAUGGUUCGCCGGACUUGUCUCGCUCAUUUUCCACGUCCAUGACGCUCUCGGCUAUGAUACCGGGAUGGUCUUCUACUCCACAUCGACCCUCUACCACUCCCCUGCGCCCCUGCCGCUGAGCGAGUUCAACGUGAACGUUUGCCGGGAUGUCAUCGGUACGAUCAAGGGUACCAUGAAGGGCGGAGCCAUUUUGCAGAUCAAGGACCAAGACGUCGUCCCUACCCCAGGUUUUCUGCAGCGCAAGAAGAGGGAUUGGCAGUGGCGCUCUCUCUUUUCCGUCCCUGGAACCUUGUUCCUGUCGUGGAACCACAUGGGGACAUUCUUGCCGUCGUUCGCAAUGAAAUCGGGACUCAAACCGCGAGCCGUCAUGGAGCACUUUGCCACUCUGUAG